AUGGCCUUGUUUCAAGAAAUCAAGACACCUUUGCUCACGUAUCAGCAACCCUUGGGACUGUUCAUCAACAAUGAAUUCGUUCCUGGAGUUGCAGGUCGGACCUUUGAAACAAUCAACCCUCACGACGAGAAGCCCAUCGUAGCCGUUCACGAAGGCGACGACAAAGACAUCGACAUUGCUGUGAAGGCCGCUCGCACCGCAUUUGAAGGCGAGUGGAAACAUGUUACCCCCUCCGAACGCGGCCGUCUGCUCCUCCGUCUGGCAGACUUGCUGGAACGCGAUAUUGAAAUAGUAGCUGCAAUCGAAGCACUUGACAACGGCAAAAGCGUAACCAUGGCCAAAGGCGACGUGACUGCUUCGGCAGGCUGUUUUCGCUACUACGGCGGCUGGGCGGACAAGAUUUACGGACAAACUAUCGACACCGACUCUGGUAGCUUCACGUAUACUCGGCAUGAGCCUGUGGGCGUGUGCGGUCAAAUCAUUCCAUGGAACUUUCCGCUUUUGAUGUUUGCAUGGAAAAUCGGUCCUGCCAUAGCAACAGGAAACACCGUUGUCCUUAAAACAGCAGAACAGACGCCCUUGUCCGCGCUUUAUGUGGCUACUCUGAUCAAAGAGGCUGGCUUUCUUCCUGGGGUAAUUAAUAUUAUUUCUGGAUUUGGAAGAACAGCCGGAGCAGCAAUUGCUACCCACAUGGAUGUUGAUAAAGUAGCCUUUACUGGGUCAACUCUCGUGGGCCGCCAAAUCCUGCGAGACGCAGCUAAUAGCAACUUGAAGAAAGUGACGCUCGAACUUGGCGGGAAAUCGCCUAAUAUUGUUCUUCCAGAUGCGGAUCUAGAACAAGCAGUUGAGUGGGUUAAUCUGGGUAUCUUUUUCAACCACGGGCAAUGCUGCUGCGCGGGUUCGAGGAUUCUAGUGCACGAGUCUAUUUAUGAUGAGUUCAUUGCGCUUUUCAAGAAACGGGCUGAGCAGAACAAAGUUGGAAACCCCUUUGACCCUGAGACAUUCCAAGGCCCGCAGGUGUCGCAGGUACAGUACGACAGGAUCAUGGGCUAUAUUACAGAUGGAAAGAACUCAGGUGCAAAGGUUAUCACAGGUGGUGACCGACAUGGAAGCGAAGGAUACUACAUCCAACCCACUAUUUUUGCCGAUGUGACCGAAAAUAUGACGAUAGUGAAGGAGGAGAUAUUUGGACCCGUGUGCACAGUACAGAAGGUCCGCGAUGAAGCUGAAGCCAUUGCUUUAGCUAAUGCAACGAAUUAUGGGCUUGCCGCGGCCGUCCAUACCACAAACAUCAACACCGCCAUCAGAGUGUCCAAUGCAGUCAAAGCAGGAACUGUUUGGGUCAACAACUACAACACUCUUCACUACCAGAUGCCAUUUGGUGGCUUCAAGGAGUCCGGGUUGGGUCGAGAGCUCGGAGCAUAUGCUCUGGAUAACUAUACAGAGAUCAAAACAGUUCGCGUGCACCUCUCCAAUUCUUAG